ACUUGAAAAUUGAACAAAAGGAAGUGACACAGAAGUUUAAAGCCUUUAACAUAAUGGAGGGAGGUUUCCGGAAAGAAGAUGCUGAGAAACUGAUCACAGCAGAAAUGUUGAAUCAUAUUGGAAAGGACAUGAAGUCCAGCAGCACAAGACUCCUCAGUUUUUUGGCUUUGAUAAACUCAUAUGUCCCAGAUUCACAUUUAUCGAAGCUUUUUUGUGAGGAAUUCAUUUCCAAAACAGAACAGCGAUUCAAUGAGGAAAACCCCAACCUUGAAACGAUAAUGAAGCCUUUUGAGGGUCUCAUAAUAACAUACUCAGAAGGAGAACAAGAAGACCAGUGCAUUCGUCUGGCACAUCCAAUGAUUGCUGAUGCCUGUCUAAAAAUACUAACUGAGCACAAACUGACAAGAUUUGACAUUGCUCUUGACUUCUUGAACAGCAUGGUGAAAGGAAACGAGAGUAAUUAUGGACAAAUUUGCAAGAAUAUAUUAAUCACAAGACAAGGAAAGGAACAGUUUUCCAGACUGAUUCUUGACAUCAUGUAUGAAAGGGGAAAUAAUCGUAAACAAUGCAUUCAUUUGUUGGAAUUGGCUGCAAAUUUGUUUUCCACAGAGCCUUAUUAUCCUCAAACACUUGCACGUUUUUAUUACAUUAAAGUAAAAGAGGACAGCAAAUAUGAAAAGGCAGAAGAAUGGGCAGAAGAGGCCAUUAAACGAGAUCCUAAUAAUUCUUGUGUUAGGGACACAUUGGGGCAAGUUCUCAAAAACCAACUGCUGAGUGAAACUAAAAAGCCAUCCUCAGACUUUGAAGAGUGUUUGGCCAUUGCAAAGUCUGCCAUUGAUGCAUUUAAAAAAGAAGAGGAAGCAGCUGAAAAUGACCCAGAAGACAACACCACAUUCAACUAUAGCGGGCUGUUGGGGUUUCUCCAGGUUUGCAAGAUUAUGAAUGAUACAAGGUUUGCUAAAUCAUACGUGCGUAAUAAGCACAUCGAUUUCAUCAAAGCUGUCAAAGGUGAUAUUGAGAUGAAAUAUGAUUUCUUUGAAUGGUAUCUGGCAUUCUCAAAACCAAGGAUCAAUAAAGAGGAACCAGUCUACAUUCAUAGAGAUGUUGAAAAUUGCUACAAGAAAUAUUUUAAACAGAGAGAGCAGACUGAUGAAGCGACCCUGAAUGAGAAAAAGAUGAAGUCUUUCGGAGGACUGCUUCAUUUCCUAAAAUCAGACAUCAAUGUGCUUAAACGACAUAAAAGUACAUUUGAUAACCCACAAUCUGAUGAUGAAACCCAAACCGUUCUCUACAUCCUUGCUAACAUCAUCUUGAGUCAAUCGGGUGAUCCGUGUGAAAAAGCAGAAGAUCUUCAGGCCAGGUUACAGAGACUUUGGCUGAGAGAAAUGCAAGACAGAAGCCCAGAGUUUUACCUCUUGAUUCUUUUGCUCUUUUGGGCUGAUGAAGCACCGCCAGGAAUCACAAACCCUCCAAACCUUGAAAAGUGUCUCAGAGGAAUGCAUCAUUCAUACAAGAGUAAGUAUCAGAAAUACCUCCGCGGUCGCUACCUGGUGCCUCUGUUCUUCUUUGGGAAAGGAAAAGGUUUGCGGAGACUGGUUCACACCUCAAAACUAAAUCAAAUUGAUCUGGAGCUCCUCACUGAAGGGGAUGAACACGCAGACGUCGAAUGUCUUCAGCGUAUCAAUGGGGAAGUCAAGAAGGACAGAGUGUUUGCUGUUAAAGAUGGACAACAGAUUAAACUCACUCCUCACAAUCCGUCCAGUGUGUGCAAACCAGGCCAGGUGUCUUUCUACCUGGGCUUCACCAUCAGAGGACCAGUCGCCUUCAACAUCAGAUAUGAAGAGAAAUAGAUCAUGUGAACUGUGUGAUUAAACAGCUGGAGACGGUGACUGUGGGACCGAACGAGUCUCCGAACUCAAAUGUCCUCAGAUGGCACAAAUAUUUAAAUGUCUUCUUAAUUUUUGUGUUUCUUAGUUCUGAGGAAAGAAAGGGAGAAAGACAAGUUGGUAUCAUUUUUAGUUAUAAGUAGAGUUCAGUCAUGGUUCUAUUCACUUAUUUUUAGUGGAAUUCAUGUAUGUUUUAGUGUUUCUUAUAUAUAUAUAUUGGUGGUUUUGGUGGUGGAUCUGGUGGUUAUAAUUAUUUUCAAUUGUUUAAAACACUUAUUAUUUAUUAACCUAAAUGCUGUAGCACACUUUAUGUUUUAUUUAUGUCAAAUACACAUGAGAUGCACUUAUUAUUAUGUGUUAUUUGUUUUGUUUCUUGUUUGGAAUUCUUGUUUGGCCGCAUUUAUUCCAGUAGAAGCCAGAUAAAUUAUUAUGUAAUUUG